AUGUGGACGACGGCGCGGAGCUGGAGUGACGCGUUUGGCUGGACCACGAGGGUCCCGUGGGAAAACUGGUCCCUCAUGACGGAGGAGGAGCGAACUGAUCGCAGCGUCUACGGCAGCCUGUUGCAGGUGCUCUUCCACCCGCGCGAGGACAGGUCGGACGCCAUACUAGACGAACCUCCCGUUGAGUGA